UGGAAGCAGAAGAAAAAUAUAGAGAACCGGUUUUUUCUCCUUCUCAUUCGUCGUUCAAUUCAAUUCAUCGCCGAGUUUUUGGUCCAGUGGCGACUGCCGACCGCAGAUGCUACGAAUCCACACCGUUGAUCCACGCGCCGGUGACCUUCCGUUCUGAUUCUCCGGCCGGCACUGCUUUGGCUGUUACUUUGGUUCUUCAGAGAGAAGGGAGCCAUAUAUAGAAAUCAUUUUAUGGUGUGCCGAUGAGCAGAACUGAUGUUAUUGGCAGUAGAAGGAGGAGGAUUCUUCUCUGCUUCGGCUUCAGGGUAUACUAAGGGCCUGAGCCUUCUCCUCUUGGGUCAGAGGAAUGAGGAUAAACCCAUGAGAGUAGCUCCGUGGAACCAGUACCAGUUGGUAGACCAAGAAUCUGACCCCGAGCUCCAGCUGGCUUCCACAAAGAACCGCCUCUCCCGCGGGUGUGCCUCCUUUGUUUGCUUUGGUCGCACUUCCGCAGGGCUUGAUACUCCAUCUCCUCUUAAAGUGGGCCCUGCCCAACAGCAUGAUGUCUCACCAGGGGCGCUGGUUUCUAACAAUGGAAAGGAUCCUUCUGCACAUGUAGAUGAUGAAAAUGAUAACAGAAAGGUUACCCUUAAAAGUAGCAUAAAAAAGCCACAAAUUAGUAAAUCUGCUCCUGCUGAGGCUGCUAAUGAACAUGAAGCAUCAGGUGGACAGGGUAUUUGUGCUCCUGGUGGUCAAGCAGAAAGAAGGAAAGUGCAGUGGACAGAUAAUUGUGGUAGUGAGCUUGUUGAAAUACGAGAAUUUGAGCCCAGAUAUGGCGAAGAAUGCAUCCAUGGAGAUACCCUGGCUGACUUGUUCUGCUUGCCCUACAGAAUGGUUUCAGGAGAAAAUUUGGUGGUGAUCUAAUUCACAAGGGACUUUGCAAAGGAACAUAGUUUGGUUGUUGGAGCUGAGCAGGUUUAGACGUUUAGUUAAUUCUAAUUGAGUGAUGAUAAUGAGUUCUCACUUGUGAUGUUGACAUGGAAAAAGUUAGCUGUUGUGAAAAGGUGGAUGUUCCAUAUGGCUGCAUCAGCAAAAUUUGGCAGUAUUAUUACUUCUACUUAUGUCAGGAUUCAAUGAAAAGUAGAAUACAAUUAUAGGAACUCAAAUUGUUUUUGGUAGAGAGGAACUCAGUUUAAAAAGAGGCAAGGAUUAAGACUUGGUUAAAAUUGCGUGUAAGGUGUAACUAUAGGGGCCAUGUAUUGUAUUGACAAGAAAGCUUGACAUUAUGUCUCUAUUUCAUUCAAAGUUCCUGUUUAUAUCUUUAUUAAAUAAGUAAAUGAGAUCAUGCUUCAA